AUGGAUCCCAGAUCUCAUCCCUCUCGGCCUCCCUCGACGAGCCUGCCUCAAGGCUCCACGCCGCUCUCGGGGACUCCCAUCUCGAGCAUGCACAUGCCGCAGUACUCGAUGCAGCCGCAGUAUCCGGUCUCCCAGCCGCACACGCUGCCUCCAUUGCAGCCGCAUCAUACUCAUUCGCCCGGACCGCACCAGUACAUGGGCCAGCCGUUCCGACCGGAUCUGUCGCGCUAUCCCGCAUCGUCUCACGACGUGUAUGCGGGCUCGGCAGCCCCGAUCAUGCCGCACACUACUGUCGGUAGCCCUGCAUCAUCAUACUACUCACAUUUUCCUAACCCUCAGUCCCAGGCUCACUAUCCGCCACCCCCAAGUGUGCUGCCACCCGCGUCGACUGCUCAGACCUACCCCCAGCCCAUCGCCCCGGCGCCUCCGCGUGACCGACGUGAUUUCAAUGGCCUUCCCUCCGGUGCCUUCAGCUACUCGGACGGGGGAAGUCCUGGGGUUGUGGGCUCGCAGGGUCGCCGCGGCAUCCUGCCGAGCGUCCCGGGUCGCGCAACUCCCGUCACGAACGGCGUCAACGGCGCCGCGAAGAGCACGACCAUUCCCGCCAAGGACGCGGAUGGCAAAUUCCCCUGCCCGCACUGUAACAAGACCUAUCUCCACGCUAAGCACCUGAAGCGCCACCUUCUGAGACACACUGGCGACCGCCCCUACAUGUGUGUUCUCUGCAAGGACACGUUCUCGCGCAGUGAUAUCUUGAAGCGCCACUUCCAAAAGUGCUCGAUUCGACGGGGUAACCCGACUGGUGCUACUCACCUGUCGCACCCCCAUGCGCACUUGAAGCGUUCGUCACAAGCGGCCGCGGCUGCGGCGAACGCUGCUAAGCCUAUCCAGGACGAAGUCAGUAACCCCAUCCCACCCUCCGGUGACAGCAUGAUGGGUGCGCAUUUCGGCAAUGGGACCGUGAACGGCAACGGGAUGGCCGGUGGCCGCCCCGGCUUCGCGGAACAGCAGCCCUUGGGAUUCACGAUGUCGGCGGUCAACGGCAUGAACCGUGGUCCCGGAGACGACGCGUUCGCCGCUGGUCAGCCGCAGGCGCGAGCCUCGUGGAUGGCUGCUCCCAAGCCGAAUUCGUACUACAUGCAACACCACCCCGGCGCGGACGCGCAUGGCCAGCAACUGAGUGUUGACCGUCCCCUUGAACAGGUAAAGCCCCUGGUCGUUCCAGACCCCAAGCAUCCGAUUAUGCCUGGCCCCCAUUCGAGCCAGCCAGGAGUUGACUGGACCUCGAUGUUUCAGCACGGCCCGAACGACGGCUACAUGAACCCCGUUUUCCCCCAUUCGAUGGCGGCCGGUCAGGAACCCAUCCACGCCCCCGUCGACGCCGACCGCAAGUUCUACCCUGCCACGAGCGCAGGCGGCCCCGAGGGCGGCAUGAACGGUCUGUACCUCGCUUCGACUACGCUUAGCGGCGACGGUACUGUUCAGCCCGCUCGGCAGUAG